UGGCGCCACUCGCUCGCCACGAAAAAAACGAGACAAACGGGAGGCACGAAAUUGAUUUUUUUUUUUGCCACGGCGGAGCCUCCCACCUUCCAGCGAACUCGAGGAAGAGGAAGAGGAAGAGGAAGAGCAGGAGAGCGUGAGCCAUGGCGUGCAGCUUCCCGCCUUCCUCCGCGGCGAGGCUCCAGGCCGUGGACGCGGCGGCGACGGCGGGGGCCAUGAGGAGCGGCAGGGUCGCCCCCAGGACGGCCGUUUCCCCCGCGCACAGAUCGCUGGGCGCCGGCUGCAAGGCUGCCGCCCGUCAGGACGGCACGAGCGCGAGCGCGACGCAGGACCCCACCAUAUCAGUUUCUUCGGCGCGCACCCAGUUGGAUCUCCUGGAUCAACUGGCAUCCCCUACAUCUGAUGCCAUCGGCCUGGAGAACGGCGCUCCUCCUGCAGAACCUCGUGCGCGAACCACUAUCCGCGAGCAGCUCUCCGCGCUGUUCGGUGAGAGGGGCGGCGAGUUCACCCUCCCGUUGGGCAAGAAGCUCAAGGAAGGCCUGAAGAACCUCAACUCCCUGACCGUCUCCCAGAGGAGGAACAUCAAGAGGCAGGCCCUGCUCACCAAGGUCAGUGGACGUAACGACUCGGUGUUCUUCGCUACCGUCGGCGCGUUCGUCCUAGUGCCACCUUUGGCCAUCCUAGCUAUUGCGGUCCUGACUGGCUAUGUCCAGCUCUUGCCAUGAAAAUGAAGGUGCAUGUUUUUUCAGUGGUCAUCUUCAGACUGAAUAUAUAUAUAGGAACAUACUUGUGCUCUGCAAGAGAGGCUGUAUAUAUGUAUAGUCAGAAUUAUGUGUGGGUGUGUAGAUUUGGUCCAUUUUGAUCUGCUUGCUACGAUAUGUGUGAUGUUUUAACUUGUAAGAACUUGAUGUGCCAUAAAUUUAGCAAAAGGGUGCAUCAAUAGAAUAGAUAUAAACACGACGAUAAAUGAUGUUCUG